AAAAAAUAUUUGAAAAUAUUAAGAAAUAAUUUUUGCAAUUGAUUGAUGUUAUAAAUUAUUGAAAUAAAUGUGUUGAUAAAUGUGCAAGAAAUUUAAAAAAAAAUCACUAGAUUUUAAAUAAAAAAGUGUGUUGUGUAAUUAAUUGCAAACUAAUUCUUUUUAAUUGUGAAAAUUUCUAAAAAUCGAACAAAUUUGUUUAUAAAGUUAUUGGCUUGUGUUUUAGCCUUCAGUUUAUGCAAAAAAAAAGUUUAAUGCAAAUUUUGUUACAAUUUUCUUAAGAAACCAAAACAAAUUUCAGAAAAAAAAAAACUUAAAUUCUGGUUUUCUCUAAUUUCUUAAGAAGUUUGACUGGCGUCUUUUUGCUGUUUUGUCACAAAGUAGUAAAAUACAAUCAACAAGCCCACCACCUGUUCUAAUGCGCUUUAUUUUGGCAACUUUUCAAAUGAUCGCAUGAGCAACAACAACGCACGCAAAUAACGUGCUCCCAACAACAUACACAGUCAGGAUUUUCCACCAGAAAAAAAAAACAAAAUAUGAAAAAAAGAACAAAAACAACAAGAAGAAAAUCUCUAUAUUAACAAAUGUCAACCAUGUUAAUUUAUGCAAUUGCAUUAUUACCACUAAUUGACAAUUCUAAACAAGUCGUCAUUAAAUGACAACACGUUCCUUAUUGUUUUUCAACUUCUACAUCAAACCUAUCAACCAACCAACUGGCUGGCUGUUACUUGCAACAAAGAAACCAACUGCAACAAAAUUAUAGAAAAAGAAAAAAGACAAAACAUUAAAAAUCCAUAAAAAAUACAACUAUAUAUAUAAUUAACACAAAAAUUUAAACAGCCGCAGUCAUUGACAACAAUUUAAACCCUCGAAUUUAAAGUUUAUUAACACCAAUUUAUUUUCCUAUUUAUUUUAAUACGAAACGGAAAUCCAUAAAAGGGCUGUUAUUUUAUUUUUUUUCGUACAAGUUAGUGGCGACACUAACUCUUGUCUUCCUUUUUGGCCCACAAAAAUUAAAACCAAAAACAUUCAUUCACAAUGGACUCACGCAUCGGCCUGGAUUACAUUGUCGAAAAUCGUGAUUAUAUUUCGAAAUUAGGCACCGCAUUGGAUACGAACAAUGUUGUGGUUAAGAAGCAAGUCUUUGAAUUACUAUCAGCUUUAUGUGCGUAUAAUGCCGAUGGUUAUGCUCGUGCCAUAGAAACAUUAGAAUAUUAUAAGAAUCUCAAAAAUGAACGAUAUCGCUUUAAAAUUGUUAUCAACGAAUUGGAAAAAACAACAACGAUUGAAUAUCAAGUUGCCCUUUUGGCAUUUAUUAAUUGUGUGAUCAUUUCGGCAGCUACACUACAAGAUCGCAUUAGAAUACGAAAUGAAUUUAUAGGUCUAAAAAUACUUCCUCUAUUAAAUAAUUUAAGAAAAGUUGCACAAAGUGUAGGAGAUAUUAUUGUACAAUUGGACGUAUUCGACGAGCAAAGAGAAUGCGACGAAGCACAAAGCCUACAGGGCCCAAAUGGCAUCAACCUAAACUCACAUCUUGACGUCUUCUAUGCGAUAUUGCGACAGGUGGCCGAUACACCACAGGAAAUACCAUUCCUUAGUAUAUUACAGCAUUUACUGCGCAUUGAUCCCAAAGAACCAGUCAGUGAUGUUAUUUGGGACACAACGGAAAAACUAGUUCAUCGUGCUACACUACUCGAAAAUCAUGAAGACUCGGUGCGUUUGUUGCGCACAACUACCGCUCAAAAAUUCACCUGUCAAAAUUGUCGCAGUGAUGCUACAAGCCCAACACGUAAACCUAAUGGUCCCAUAGCUCCACCUCCGCCACCACCACCUGCACCAGCUCCACCGGCACCACCAACCAGCUGUCUAAAUGCCGGCAAAGGAGCACCACCACCGCCGCCACCACCUAUGAAAAUGUGUAAUGGACCACCAGCACCACCACCCAUACCUGGAGCACCACCGGCUCCACCGCCUGGCGGUAAAUUGCUAAAUGUUAAGAACUCUAUGCCUGUACGUUCUCUCACUCCCGAACCCCGCGUUAAUGAUGUUUUAUUGCCCCAGCAAGAUACGCCAGCACCCAAGGCAAAAAUGAAAACUUUGAACUGGGGUAAAAUACCGCCCCAUAAAGUCUUAGGCAAACAAAAUCUCUGGACUAUAGUGGCCAAUAAUCAUCAGGAUAAUUCUAUGGAAGAUUUAGAUUGGAAUGAAAUGGAGGGUCUCUUCUGUUUACAAUCGACCAGUGCCCAGGGUUCACCGAAAUUAGGAAGAGCCGAUAAUGGCAAUGGCAACAGUGCGGCUGGUGGCUAUGAUACCUUAGAUCGUAAAUCGAAGAAAGAGAGUACGGAAAUUAAUCUACUGGAUGGUAAAAGAAGUCUCAAUGUAAAUAUAUUCCUUAAGCAGUUCAAAGGCUACAAUUCCAAUGAAGAUAUAGUUCAGCUAAUACAAGAUGGUAAUCAUGAGAUUAUAGGAGCUGAAAAGCUAAGAGGUCUAUUGAAAAUCUUACCAGAAGUUGAUGAGAUCGAUAUGCUGAAAACAUUCAAUGGUGAUCGUCAACGUUUGGGUAGAGCAGAAAAGUUUCUGCUGCUUUUGAUGGAGGUACCAAAUUACAAAUUACGCAUUGAGAGCAUGCUUCUGAAAGAGGAAUUUGCUGCAAAUAUAACAUAUCUAGAUCCCUGCAUAAAUGCCAUGAUAGAGGCUGGAGAUGAUCUUAUCAAUAAUAAAACCUUACAAGAAGUUCUGUACAUAGUGGUGGUAGCGGGUAAUUUCCUUAAUUCUGGUGGUUAUGCUGGCAAUGCUGCCGGUGUUAAGUUAUCUUCACUAACCAAGCUGACCGAUAUACGCGCCAAUAAGCCGGGUAUGAAUCUCAUACAUUUUGUCGCCAUACAAGCGGAAAAACGUAAUCCUGCCCUUUUGAAUUUUACCAAUGAGCUUAGUACUUUAGAAAAUGCUUCCAAAACCAAUGUCGAGCAAAUCAGUAUAGAUAUCAAGAACUUGGAUACCCAAUUGCAAAAAAUUAAAAAACAAAUUGAGCUGCCCAACACCGAUGAGGAUAUCAAGGAGCAAAUGAUGGAAUUUUUAGAAAGUGCCGAAAGUGAAAUAUCUGUGCUUAAGUCAGGCAUGGAUGCAGUUGAAUCUAUGCGUUUAAAAUUGGCCGAUUUCUUCUGUGAGGAUCCGGCCUCGUUUAGACUAGAAGAAUGUUUUAAAAUUCUGCAAACUUUCUGUGAUAAAUUCAAACAGGCUGUCAAAGAAAAUGAACGUCGUCAACAGUUGGAGGAACAGGCCACUUUAAGGCAGAAACAGAGAGAGGAACAGUUGGCCCGCAGAGCCAAAUAUGCCAAUCAAAAUGGUACUCCCGUCUCGGACUAUGAAAAUCAAUAUUCCCUGGACUCAUCCUUUGAUGCCAGAGCUAGUCCUGCUUUGUCACGCAAACGUUUUGGUUCUUUCAAUAAUGGCACCUUGGAAAUCAAUAAUAGUUUUAUACGCAUGGAGGCUACUAAUGGCAACUGUGAGGGUAUGUCUCCCGACAUCACACCUAAUGGCAGUAUGCGUAGACGCAGAAGUCGUGUCUUGGCUGAAGAAGAUGAUCUUAUGGAGUUCUUAAGAACUUCAGGUCAUGAGCGCAAUAGUCGCGAACGUAAAGCAGCCUAUGGAAGUUUAGAUCGUUCUUGGGCCCGCCGCGCCCGUUCUGGUAGUUCUAGUCGUAAACGUCCCGAAUUGUUAAAUAUUGACUUUGGAGCGGAUAGAGAAAGAGCCGCUUCUCCGCUGCCAAUUAAUGUGCCCGAAAAGGCUUCACCGUUAUCGCCCAGUAAUGGGGAAAUUGUACAACCAGCACAAGAUGAAACAAAACCAAGAAUAUCUCGUGAAUGGCGUCAAAAGAUCGAAACCUGGUUACAAUCGAACGAAAACGAUGAAAAACAAGACGAGGAAUACAAACGCAAGCGACGUUUGGUUAACAUCAAUAGGCGUUCGCUUGAAAACGAAUCGGAAAGCGAACGAAAGUUGGAUACAUUACCUGAAGAGAAAUUUGUACCAACUACACCGAAUCCUUGUACUAAUGAUACUAACAACACUAACAACAGCAAUAAUAGUCAAACAAAGGAUGGCUAUAAACGUGUUUAUCCCGAUUGGAAACCUUCCAAAACUUUAGACACCGAUGUUGUCGGUACCAUACAAGCCAUAGCAGAUGUUAAUAACGCUCGUGAAAAUUCCUACAAGCAAAGGGAAAAGCCCAGCAUAACGGAAGCAGAUGAAGUUUCCUUCACAAAAUCAUCAACCCUAGUGAAUAAUGUUAACAAAUCCGAGGAUGUUGUCUAUAGAAGACAACGUUCGAUAGAGAAUAAUGCCACACAAUUGGAGUCCAUAGCAGAAGAAGAUCGUCGCAAAUCUCUAAUACAACAGUUGGGCGAACGUGAUGCAACCGAUCGUUUGAAAAUCUAUAUACGGUCUCCCUCCACCAUGGAUAAGGACCAUAGCGCAGCAAAUAAGCAACGUUUAACUGGUGUUGAUGCUCUUAAAUCACCACCUUCCACUUAUGAAGUCGCCGCCGAAACAGCUAGUACAACCAAAGUUAAUGCCGAAAAUCAUAUUAAGUCUCCCAUAUCCAAAAAUCGUACAGCCAAUAAUAGUCAACAGAAAUUCAACUUUGAUAAUGUACCGACGAGCAGUGAAGUCAAUAAAUCGGAAAGCAAUACCUCAAAUAAUAUACACAAUCAAACAAGUCACAAAGCUACUACAACGAGCACAAAUCGUAAGGAAAUUGAUGCGGAUAAUAUUGAAACACCGCCAGUAACGAGAAGAAUCAUAUCUAGUCCUACCACUACUCUAGUAACCGUCAAUAGAACGGAGCCUAAAACGCAAACAGAAAGUAGUAAUGAUGUAGAAAAUACGGAAACGCCGGGACACUUUGAUCGUUAUUCUAUGGCUAGACGUACUAGACGUUAUAAACGUCCUACCGACUACAGCAGUGGAAAUGAGGACUUAACUUCUGCCAAAGAUUCAAGUGAGGAAAAUUCCUUAACACAAUUAGCUAAGAAUAGCAGCACAGAAAUCCAAAAAUCUCUAACCAAAUGUGAAGAAAAACCUUUAGCGACAACAAACUCGGCGGACAAGAUAAGCGAAAAUCCAAAAGUUAAACGUACAAAUAUCUCAGCGAAAACCAUAACCAAAUUGGAGAAAGUGGGACGCCAUAUAAGCUCCAUUAAUCAGGAGGAUGUGCAAGAAGCUUUACGAAAUCUCAAAUCACCCACAGACUGUCCGGAGCGUUUGUGGAGUCCUCCAAGAGAAAUAAUUGCACAAAGAAGUGCAAACACCACCACAACCGCCAAUGGUACUACUCUAAUCAAAAUUUCAAAUCAUGAGCUUAACGAUGAAGGUUUUGAAGAAACACAAAGUCUAGUCUCCGAUACCCCCUCCCACGGUAAAGAAAGCACAAAUUCUUCCUGCAAUGAGGUAAAUGAGUUGCCCAAACUCACACAAAAGUCCUUGUCACAAAAAACCACACCCAUACAAAAGAUUUCCAGUCGUUUGGCGGAUAGAUUACAAAUCUCCAGACUACGUUCGUCCUCUACCGCUUCCAAGUCACAACCCACUACGGCAGCAUCCUCUCCACGUAGAACAGCCUCGUCGGUAGAUCGUGCACGUACGUCUCGUAUGCCUAAUGGACAACUUGUGCAGGGUCCUGCCAGUUCUACAGCUGCAGCCCAUAUGAGUAAUUUCACCAAUAAUGCUAUAAGGAGAGCCACUUCUAUGCGCAAGACUAUAGCGAAUUCAGAGCCUUCAUCGUCCUCGUCGGGCUCCACGAAACGCGAUGUUGAACGCAGCAGCUCACGCAAUAGUCUAAGAUCUUCACGCUCUUCCAUCAACAGCGGCGCUUCCACACAAACUGUUAAACGUAUGCCCAUUGGCAGUAGUCAUCUAAAUAAAUCUCCUUUACACACAGUAUCCGUCGACUCUUCACCCAGUAAACGUCCCUUGAGCACCCAAAACCUGCGCAACAACCCUACACGUUUAUCGAGCACAGGUGGUGUGCCAGCUAGUCGUUCUAGCUCCAGCGGUUCUAGUGUAGGACCCAAUAUUGUGGUAGUGCGUCGUCUCAACUCGACACAAUCAAAUGCCAACCAACCACGACAUACGUCCAGCUCAAAUUUGGGCAGCACUAGUUUUAAGGAGAAUCAAACAAAUGUAGGCUCAUCAGCGCGUUCACAAACGGCUCGUAGCGCCUUAUUGGCAAAAGCUAAUGUGGGAAAUCCACAAAAUUCUACAAGAACAGCCACUUCACGCAGCAGUUCUAGUACCCGGGGUGUUAGUAGUUUUAUGAGACCCACAGCGGCUAGUGCCACAAAACGUACGAAAUAAUUGAGUAAAGAAAAGGGGCGCAAACACAAAGUAUACGUUCAAAUACAUUCCAAAAAAUUAAGAAGAAACAAAACUAAUUGAGAUUAGAAAUAGAAAGUUGUUAAAGUUAAUAAUUAAAUUGUUUUAAAUAGUUUUGUUGUUGAGAAGAAGAUAUUUUUUGAAUACUAUUAACAAGAUAAUAAUACAAAUAUUAAGUAAACAAGAUCCGUUAAAAUUUGGGGAAUUAGUAAGGAAAGAAAUAAGAUUUGGUUUAAGUAAAGCUUUUGGCUCAAAAUUUUAAAAUUUCAAUUGGAAAAUUUGCUUUACAAAAGAACUAUGGAUUUAGUUAGCAAGAUUAUUUAAAGCUUUUAAGGCAUUGAAGUAUAAAAUGAUCCUCUAGAUAAAAAUUUCUUUAAAAUUAUUGUUAUAAAAAGUUUUCUUUAGAAAAGUUUCCCAAAAGAAAGUUUCCAUUAGAAAAUUAUCUCUGGAGAAAGUUUCCUUUAUAAAAGUUUAUCUGGAAAAGGUUUUCGUUACAAAAGCAAUAAAAAAGUUUAUCUGGAGGAAAUUUUCAUUAGAAAAGUUUCCCCAGACAGAGUUUCCACUAGAAAAGUUGCCCUUAAAAGAGUUUCCAUUAGAAAAUUAUUGCUAGAAGAAAUUUUCUGACAUUUAUCUGGAAAGAGUUUCCCUUAGAGUUUGAGUUGAUCAAAUGUUUUUAAAGAGCUUUAUUUUAAUUUCAUUUUAAAAAGCUUUAAGUGAAAUUUUUUUAAUUAAAAUCUUGAUUUUAAACAACUUUUUAUCAAAAGGAAACUUUCUUUAGAAAAGUUUAUAUGGAAAGGGAUUACCUUAGAAAAAGCUUUUCUAGAAAGAGGAUUUUAUUUUGAAAAUUUAGAAAACACAAAUGUGGUAACGUAAUCGUAGAUAUUUCAAAAAGUUCAUUUUACAAAAGCUUGAUCGAUAGCUUUUAAAAGAACUCUUAAACACUCUUAAUACUUUGAGGUAUAAUAGCUUUUUAGUUAAAGCUUUCUGUAAGCAUGUUUUUUACAUUGGAAUAUGAGCAAAAUAAUUAUUUUUUAUUAAACGUUUAUAACAAAGCUUUAGUCUAAAAAACUUUAAGAAAUUUUUUUUAAUUAAACAUUUUUUUAAAAGCUUUAAAAAGCUUUAAGAGAAAUUAGAAAGUCUAUGUUUAAAGAAAGCUUAUUUAAGACUUUGCAAUACAAUAGCUUUUAGUUCAAGCUUUUCUAUCUGUAAGCUUUGUACUUUAUACUUCAAAAUAUCAACAAGAUCAGUGAGAUAUUAAAAACUUGAUCAACAGUUUUUAAAGCUUUAUUAUCAUUUUAAUAGAGCUUCUUGAAGAGUUUGCAAAAGUAGUUUAAUCAUAGAGAAGCUUUUAUUUAUACAAAAUAUCAAUAAAAUAAUUGGCAUAUUUAAAGAAAUUUCAAAAAUAUCAUUUGGCAAAAGCUUAUUGGUAAACUUUAGUUUAAAAGAACUUUAAGAGGAAGUAGAAAGGAAGUUCUAAGAAAGCUUAUUUAAGAUUUUACAGUACAAUAGCUUUUAGUUAAAGCUUUUUUAUUUGUAAGCUUUGUACUUUAUAAGUUCAAAAUAUCAGCAAGAUUAGUGAGAUAUUAAAAACUUGAUCAACAGUUUUUAAAGCUUUAUUUACUUUUUAAAAAGCUUCUUUCAGAGUUCACAAAAGUCGUUUAAUGAUAUAUAAGCAAUUAUUUUCAAUUUUAUCGUUUUAAUUUUAAUAAUUAUUCCCCAAAUCUUUAAGGAUUGAAACUUUCAAAGCAAACCAAUACCAAAUCAAUAAUUAAAUGUUUUUUUUUUUUUUUUCUAUAAAUAAGUUAAAUGGAAAUAAUAGAGAAUUUAUUGUAACCAAAAAAAAUCAAAACAAAUACCUUAAUAAAAAAUACAACAAAAAACGUCCUUAAAACUUAAAACAAAAAUCUAAAAAACCAAUAAAUUCAAAGCAAAAAUAAUAAAAACCGUCCAGAAUUUAAUUAAAAAAAAUCUAAUAAAAUUACGGAAACAAAUUUUUUGUGAAACAGCAACAAAACAAUUAAAAAAAAAAUUAUUAAUAAGAACUUAAAAAUGUAAAAUGUUUGAAUGGAAAGUAGUAAAAUCCAAAGUUACAACCAAUAAAUAUAUUUUUAUAUAGAAACAGUAGCAAGUAGAACCUAAAACCUCGAAUAAAUGUUUUAAAAGAAGAAACGCAAUAAUGUUUUGAAUUAAUUAAAGUUUAAAACAAUUUUUUUUUUUUUGAUAUUAAACAUUUUUUCUUAAAAUCAGGGUUUCAAAAACCAACAAAAAAAGAGUUUUUUUAUUCGAAAAAAAAAACGAUUUAAAGCAAUAUUGUGUUUUUGUUUUCUAUUCUCCUUUAAACAAUUUAAAUAAAAAGUAGAAUUUAUAUUAAAACUAAAACAAAAAACUUAUACAUAUUUAGCAAUUUAAAAUUAAAUGUUUAAUAGAAAAUAAAAAUCAUAAAGAAAGUGGUGCCUACUCUAACACCAAAAAAAAGUCACAAAUUUUUAAACAAAAUUAUUAUUAAAAUAUUGAAAAAAAAGAAACCCAAAACAGGCAAUGUAAACGUAAU